AUGGCAGAAAUCGUUGUCAAAGUGAGGGGAACAUCUGUGAUAGUAAGACCGGCCAUAAGAACCCCUGCGCAGACUAUGUUCCUGUCCAAUCUUGAUCUUUGUUGGUUACCCAUCAAUAACGUUCAACGCCUUUUCUUCUACACGCACCCUCCUUUGAAUGAAUACUCCUCACUAAUACAGGGCAUGAAGAAAAGCCUCUCCUCAGUUUUAGUGCACUUUUAUCCUCUGGCUGGUCGGUUGAAGAAAGGAGAAUCUGGCAGAACGGAGAUUGACUGUAACGACGAAGGUGUGGAAUUUAGAGAGGCGUCAAUUAAUAUACCUUUCAAAGAUUUGGAGAAAGAUGGAUUUAAGCAACGUUGGGUAUUUCACGUUACAACAUUUGAAGGAGGUGGUUUGUGCAUUGGAACGACCUUUCAUCACGUUCUAGCAGAUGGAAAUUCGUUUUGGCAUUUCAUGACAUCGUGGGCAGAGUGUAGCAGAGGAAUACCCAUUUCAAAACCUCCUCAGCACGCCAGAACAGUUUUCAAACCAGAUAACCAGAGUCCUUCCGUUUAUUACAAAGCCCACGAGGUAAUAAGCAAUGGAAUUUCAGGGGCCAAGGUUUUUAAGUUUGUCUCAGAAAAUACUGGUGGCGGCAACGUGGAAAAGCCCGCCGAGGCUCUCCAGAAAUGGAUGGAGCCUAAAAGGAAAACGGAAGUCAUAUACUCAACGUUUUUCUUUACAGAAGACACAAUACAAGACUUGAAACAGCGAAGUGGGGCUUCGACUUCUUUUGUUGCUGUGGCAGCACAAUUUUGGAGAUGUGUGAUGAGAGCUCGAGAGGUGCCACAGGAAGAAGCGGUUUAUUUCGGAGUGCUGUGUGAUUGCAGGGGUCGUGUUAAGCCGCCACUGCCUCCAACUUAUUUUGGAAAUUGCUUAUCUCCUGGUUUGGCACAGACAACGGCCAAAAAACUGAUCAAUUCCGACAUCUCCUUUGCUGCGGGUGUUAUCCAGCAAGUCAUCGAUUCCUGCACUUCUGAAGAGCAGAUUAAUUAUCUGAUCGAUUGGAUAGAAUCUCCUGACAGAGAUAUUCUAAAUUUACUUACAGAAGCCGGGUGGGUAUAUGGAACUAACGCUGUAAGUUCUCCAAGAUUUCCGUUGUACGAGAUCGACUAUGGAUGGGGGAAACCUUCGGAUGUGCAGAUUGCAACAAUGAACGAAAUUCGAAUCAUGUUUUUGUCAUGCGCAAAGGAUGGGGGGAAAAGCAUUCUUGUGUCCACUUGCCUUCCUCAACACCAGAUGGAAGUCUUGCAUCAUCUUCUCUCCGUUUCUGUAGAGUGA